CCGAAAAUAAAAAUGGCGCUCUUCAUGAUUAGGUUCGCGCCGUUCGCGGAUCUGUGCAACUGAAAUGUGUGAUAGACAGGAAGAGGGACAACAGCAUUUUCCCCCCUGCGUUUCCCGCGUAUUUAUUUCCUCGCAUUUGAGCAUUUCAGUACGAUCUGACCGCCAACAAUCAAUGAGUAAGAUACUGUGUGCUGACGUUAGUGGUGGGUUGGAAAAUAUCCCUGUUUCAUUUGCAAAUGACGUCGACGAUGAGCCGCUACCCUAUUUUGAACAGUACACUGCUACGAAUGUUCCAGGAGAAGGAGCGUGCGAAGAUGAAUUCAGCAACGCUUACCUGCCUUGCAAAUGCGCUACUACGUGCAAUUCCGGAUGCCCUUGUGUGCUGCGAUCAGGUCAUCCGUACGACAGUUAUGGCAUCGUCGCCGUGUCUUCAACCUUACCAAUUAUAGAGUGCUCAUCGCUGUGUCGCUGUGCAUCCCAUGGAAACUGCACUAACCGCGUUGUUCAAAUGGGCACCAGGGCGAACCUUCAGGUGUUCAAAACGACGUCGGGAAAGAGGUUUGGACUGCGGACGCUUUCGCCGAUCAGGCGAGGACAGUACGUAACAUCGUAUGCUGGUGAGGUGAUAGGACUGGACAAUGCGAGGAGCAGAGUUGGAGCCAUGCAAGAGCUAGACUCAUGUUACGUGAUCCUUGUGCGUGAGAGUGGAACUACAACAAUAGUGGUCGAUCCAAGCAAAGUGGGGAACGCGGGACGUUUCUUGAACCAUUCGUGCAAUCCAAACCUGGUUAUGAUCCCGGUGCGGACUGAAUGUGUGGUGCCAGAGCUGGCACUCUUUGCCACGUGCGAUGUCUCACCUUUUACAGAACUCUGUUUUGAUUACUCUGGCGGCUCACUCGAGGUACGUGAAGGGUUGAGGAAGUGUUGUUGUGGAGACGUCAGUUGCAGAGGAUGGCUUCCAUAUGACAAGGAGGUACUGGGGAUCUGAUGCUGUUGAGCAUUGCUUCAGAAUAAACAAUGUUUUUCAUGGUA